GAGUUGAACUUCGUCACCCAGUCCCCAGAGCCAGCAAGACAUGGGCCCCAUUUUCCAAGGCCUGACACCUCUCGUUUAACCAGAAGACGUGGAGGGGAGCCACCACCCCUGACCAUGUAGAUGCCAGCUUCAGGUAGCAACAUGGACCCCACUGAAUGGAGACUCCUGGGUCUGCAGCCCUGAGCCCCUCUGGCCCCUGGACCUUGCCCCCCACCUGGGGACACACCUUGGAGCUCACCACUGCUGUCGCCAGCCCACCUCAGCCACCCCCUCCCUCCGGGACCCGGAGUCGGCCACCUGGAGCUGCAGCUGUCCAGUGAGGGUGUGCUGAGAACAGCCACACGCAGCCAUCACCCAGAAGCCUCUUGUCCAGUGCUGACCUUUGGGCCCACCCUGAGCAGGGACUUCAGCAAACAUGGGUGAUAUGACCAACAGCGACUUUUACUCCAAAAACCAAAGAAAUGAGUCGAGCCAUGGGGGUGAGUUUGGGUGCACGUUGGAGGAGCUCCGCUCCCUCAUGGAGCUGCGGGGCACAGAGGCUGUGGUCAAGAUCAAGGAGACCUACGGGGACACUGAAGCCAUCUGCCGGCGCCUCAAAACCUCACCUGUGGAAGGUUUACCAGGCACCGCCCCAGACCUGGAAAAGAGGAAGCAGAUUUUUGGGCAAAACUUUAUACCUCCAAAGAAGCCAAAAACCUUCCUGCAGCUCGUGUGGGAAGCCCUGCAGGAUGUGACGCUCAUCAUCCUGGAAAUUGCGGCCAUCAUCUCCCUGGGACUGUCCUUCUACCACCCGCCUGGCGAGAGCAACGAAGGAUGUGCCACGGCCCAGGCCGGGGCUGAGGAUGAAGGAGAGGCAGAAGCAGGUUGGAUCGAGGGGGCMGCCAUCCUCCUGUCCGUCAUCUGCGUGGUCCUGGUCACAGCCUUCAAUGACUGGAGCAAAGAGAAACAGUUCCGGGGCCUGCAGAGUCGCAUUGAGCAGGAGCAGAAGUUCACGGUGGUCCGGGCUGGCCAGGUGGUCCAGAUCCCCGUGGCUGAGAUCGUGGUCGGGGACAUCGCCCAGAUCAAAUACGGUGACCUCCUCCCUGCAGACGGCCUCUUCAUCCAGGGCAAUGACCUCAAGAUCGACGAAAGCUCCCUGACAGGGGAGUCUGACCAGGUGCGCAAGUCCGUGGACAAAGACCCCAUGCUGCUGUCAGGUACCCAUGUGAUGGAGGGCUCAGGACGAAUGGUGGUGACUGCUGUAGGUGUGAACUCUCAGACUGGCAUCAUCUUUACCUUGCUGGGAGCUGGUGGUGAAGAGGAAGAGAAGAAAGACAAAAAAGCCAAACAGCAGGACGGGGCAGCCGCCAUGGAGAUGCAGCCCCUCAAGAGUGCCGAGGGCGGCGACGCAGACGACAAGAAGAAGGCCAACAUGCACAAGAAGGAGAAGUCUGUGCUGCAGGGCAAGCUCACCAAACUGGCAGUGCAGAUUGGCAAGGCGGGUCUGGUGAUGUCGGCCAUCACCGUGAUCAUCCUGGUGCUCUACUUCACCGUGGACACCUUCGUGGUCAACAAGAAGCCGUGGCUGCCCGAGUGCACGCCCGUCUACGUGCAGUACUUUGUCAAGUUCUUCAUCAUUGGUGUGACAGUGCUGGUGGUCGCUGUGCCCGAGGGACUCCCUCUGGCGGUCACCAUCUCGCUGGCCUACUCGGUGAAGAAAAUGAUGAAGGACAACAACCUAGUGCGCCACCUGGACGCCUGUGAGACCAUGGGCAACGCCACRGCCAUCUGCUCAGACAAGACAGGCACUCUGACCACCAAUCGUAUGACGGUGGUGCAGGCCUACGUUGGUGACGUCCACUACAAGGAGAUUCCGGAUCCCAGCUCCAUCAACGCCAAGACCAUGGAGCUGCUGGUCAACGCCAUCGCCAUCAACAGCGCCUACACCACCAAGAUUCUGCCCCCGGAGAAGGAGGGUGGCCUGCCUCGGCAGGUGGGUAACAAAACAGAAUGCGGUCUGCUGGGCUUUGUGCUGGAUCUGAAGCAGGACUAUGAGCCUGUGCGCAGCCAGAUGCCGGAGGAGAAGCUGUAUAAGGUGUACACCUUCAACUCCGUGCGCAAGUCCAUGAGCACCGUCAUCAAGAUGCCCGACGAGAGCUUCCGCAUGUACAGCAAGGGUGCUUCUGAGAUUGUGCUCAAAAAGUGCUGCAAAAUCCUCAGUGGGGCAGGUGAGCCCCGGGUCUUCCGGCCCCGAGACAGGGACGAGAUGGUGAAGAAGGUGAUCGAGCCCAUGGCCUGCGACGGGCUCCGCACCAUCUGUGUGGCCUACCGUGACUUCCCCAGCAGCCCCGAGCCCGACUGGGACAACGAGAAUGACAUCCUCAAUGACCUCACCUGCAUCUGUGUGGUGGGCAUCGAGGACCCCGUUCGGCCUGAGGUCCCAGAAGCCAUCCGCAAGUGCCAGCGGGCAGGUAUCACUGUCCGAAUGGUCACUGGUGACAAUAUCAAUACGGCCCGGGCCAUCGCCAUCAAGUGUGGUAUCAUCCAUCCUGGGGAAGACUUCCUGUGUCUGGAGGGCAAAGAGUUCAACCGGAGGAUCCGCAACGAGAAGGGGGAGAUUGAGCAGGAGCGAAUUGACAAGAUCUGGCCAAAACUGCGGGUGCUGGCUCGCUCCUCCCCGACAGACAAGCACACCCUGGUCAAAGGCAUCAUCGACAGCACACACACUGAGCAGCGGCAGGUGGUGGCUGUGACCGGGGAUGGGACCAACGAUGGGCCUGCACUCAAGAAGGCUGAUGUGGGCUUCGCCAUGGGCAUCGCAGGCACGGAUGUAGCCAAGGAGGCCUCAGACAUCAUCCUGACAGACGACAACUUCAGCAGCAUCGUCAAGGCGGUGAUGUGGGGUCGCAACGUCUAUGAUAGCAUCUCCAAGUUCUUGCAGUUCCAGCUGACUGUCAACGUGGUGGCUGUAAUCGUGGCCUUCACAGGCGCAUGCAUCACACAGGACUCCCCUCUGAAGGCUGUGCAGAUGCUCUGGGUGAACCUCAUCAUGGACACAUUCGCUUCCCUGGCUCUGGCCACAGAGCCGCCCACUGAGACUCUGCUUCUGAGGAAGCCGUACGGACGCAACAAGCCCCUCAUCUCCCGGACCAUGAUGAAGAACAUCCUGGGCCACGCAGUCUACCAGCUCACCCUCAUCUUCACCCUGCUCUUCGUUGGCGAGAAGAUGUUCCAGAUCGACAGUGGGAGGAACGCCCCCCUGCACUCACCACCCUCAGAGCACUACACCAUCAUCUUCAACACCUUCGUCAUGAUGCAGCUCUUCAAUGAGAUCAACGCCCGCAAGAUCCAUGGCGAGCGCAACGUCUUCGAUGGCAUCUUCCGGAACCCCAUCUUCUGCACCAUCGUGCUGGGCACCUUCGCCAUCCAGAUAGUGAUCGUGCAGUUUGGAGGGAAGCCCUUCAGCUGCUCGCCGCUGCAGCUGGACCAGUGGAUGUGGUGCAUAUUCAUCGGGUUGGGAGAGCUCGUCUGGGGCCAGGUCAUCGCCACCAUCCCCACGAGCAGGCUCAAGUUCCUGAAGGAGGCAGGCAGGCUCACGCAGAAGGAGGAGAUCCCUGAGGAGGAGCUCAACGAGGACGUGGAGGAGAUCGACCACGCGGAGAGGGAGCUGCGCCGCGGCCAGAUCCUGUGGUUCCGGGGCCUGAAUCGGAUUCAGACACAGAUCCGCGUCGUGAAGGCGUUCCGUAGCUCUCUCUAUGAAGGGUUAGAAAAGCCCGAGUCUCGAACCUCCAUCCAUAACUUCAUGGCUCAUCCUGAAUUCCGGAUCGAAGAUUCACAGCCCCACAUCCCCCUCAUUGACGACACCGACCUGGAAGAAGAUGCCGCGCUCAAGCAGAACUCCAGCCCGCCGUCAUCGCUCAACAAGAACAACAGCGCCAUCGACAGCGGGAUCAACCUGACGACCGACACGAGCAAAUCAGCUACCUCUUCAAGUCCAGGGAGCCCCAUUCACAGCCUGGAGACGUCGCUUUAGCUGAGGACCCUGUUGCCCACCCGCCGGCCCGCCCUAAGGGACCCGCUGCCACCGCUCCCGGGCACCCACCCCUCCAGGCACCCGACUCACCCACGCAGCAAGGAGCAACCCCAGGAAACCAAAUACUGGAGAGAAAACCCGACGUUUCCACCCACAGACCUUUCUCUGGCUGCGAUGCUGUUUGAACAAUUUUUCACUUCGAGGCAAGGGCCGGGUUCCGGGGGGCCUCUGGGAGGAGUGAGCAGUUAUCCCAAAGGGAGCCUUUCUUGGCUCCCACUCAAGACAUGAACCAGCCAUGCACCCACCCGGCCACCACGUCCCCCCCGCAUGAAUGUACUGGACACUUUCCAUCCUCCCCUUGUUUGGUUUUGGGGGGGUUGGAGAGGGGGAGGGGUUUUUUGUUUGUUUGUUUUCUUAGGCRGGAACUGCAAACAGGACUCUUUUCUGAGACUAUUUAUCCGAUCCACUGGUCUGUGAGUUUUUGAAAUGCUUGCGCAGCAUGGUCUCAGUUGUAUAGAUUAAUUUAAUAACUUUUUGAAAUCGCAGAGCUUAACUCGCCUAGUAGAUUUGCACCAAUGGAACCGAAGAACAUCAUAGACACUCACGAGGUUAUAUCCAUUUCUUUGUAUCUAUAUCAACGUAUACUUUCCAAGACUGUAUACGUCCAUAUAGAUAGGUAGAUAUAUAUAUAUAUAUAUAUAUAAAUAUAUAUACAUGGAUAUAUAAAGUUUCUUUGCCGGCAUGUUGCCUUGUUUCUGCUUAAAUUGCUCUAUUUUAACUUAUUUAUGUCCUAAAAGAAGAAUGUAAUUUGUUUACAAACCUGUAGAUAAUGUCUUUGGCUAUUUGUACGGUUCAAGAACACUGGUGGCUGAGAUGCUAUAAAAAUAGCUCGCUCGGCCCAACAGACACUUCCCCUGGAUUGCAUCCUCGAUGUUUUACAAUAGCCAUGCUCUGAUUUUUGCCUGCUAUUUCCGUUCAAUGACGUCACUACCGUGGGAGGCUCAGGCAGAAGCCAAAUGCUACCGAGGAUCCAUCCUGAGGUGUUCAGCCACAGGCUCCGUAGACGAAGGGAGAAGAGAGAAGGUUUCCUAGGUUUGUGGCACCAGCAGCUGUCACAACCCAAGGAUGUCAAAAGCACUGGCUCAAGACUUUUCUUUCAAUGAAACUCGCUUGAGUUUACCAAGAGCAUUUCCAAAAUAGGUUGUCUUUGGCGCUGUCUGCACAGAGGUUGAGGUAGUGUUGAAAUAUUAUAAAUGCUAUUGUGUUGAUUUUUUUUUUUAGUUAGUAAUUUAGAAGUUUAUUUCCUUAUAAAUGGCAGCGUAUAAGCUGUUGGCACACUGGAUGAAGAUCGGUAUGGCUUGCUGCUUUUAUUUUUAUUUUUGAAGAAGAAUAGCCUUUUUCUCUGCACUAUUUAGAUCCGAAUGAACCUUAUGAUGUGUAUAUUGAGAUGUAUUCAGUGUGAUUUUUAAACCAAAUUGUCUUCCUUUAGCCACAAUAUAUACUGUAACCUGUAACAGCAAGUCUUGCUUCCCCAGACAGAAAGCCAUUCUGAAACCCUCCCAUAUCACAGGUCAGAAAAGGUGGCUAUUUUCCCCCCAAGACAAUAACAGCACUAGUAAUCCCACUUAAUAAGAGCUUAUUUAAUUGUCUGUCGGCCUCUUAACUGCUAAGCACUUUGUGGGUCUCAGCUUUUUUCAUAAAAGAACUUUUGUAUUUAAUACAAAGUUUGCUUUGAGACUUUUCAGCAUACAAUCUUUUUCCAUAAACUUGUACAGUGCAAAAGACAUUUUGAAUACCAUGAUCGAUGAUGUCCCAUGCUUCAAGGAAAACCAAACACUUCCCGCCUCGCUUGCAAAGUCCAUUCCUCACGCUGACCCUUCCCCACAGUCAUUUCGUGUCCGCCUGGCCCCUGCCCCUUCUCCAGGCCCAGAGAACUCUUCCACUACCAAGAUGAGAGCCACAGGGAAAAGAGCCAUAGUCAGCUGGGAGGGCCCGUGUCUGCACAGCUGUGGAAAAACCUGACAGCUUUAGGGUUCAAAGUCAGCCCAUCCCACCUGGCAAAAUCUUUCUCUAAGGAGGACCUUCCGUGCAAAAGAGCAUCGCCUGAGUGUCGCUAAGAAGUCUCUCUGAAUGUAUCCAGCAGAGGAAACACCACCCUCGGAUGUGCUUAUUGGAUUCUAGUAUAAACACCACCAAAGCCAGCCUACUCGCUCCUCCGAGGAAGGAGAGACCGGCACGCAGGAAACAUGGGGCAGCCCUGGAACAUGGUAGUUUCUCUUGGAGUUUUCCUUUCUCACGUUUUUUCCCAUCUUCCCCUUCUUUGUUCAAUCACRUCUCUGUGACCUCAUUCCAUGAUAUCAGGAUGGUCGUACUUGCUCACCAGACUCCCCUGUGCUCCUGGAGCCGGGAUGCAAGGCAAAUGGGAGGGGUGCUCUGAGCAGAUCCCAGCUGGGGUGACAGGGAUCCACGGAAGCCACCAGGGAGGCCCCACAUGGGCGUCUGGUCUCCUCUCGUCAGGAAUGAUGGACAAUCGCACACACAGACCCCUCACUCUCCAACUUGCACACAUCCACACACGCACGCACACAGGAAAUGGUUGGUUUGUCACAACUCACUGUAGUAUACAAAGCUUGCACUCUGCGUCCUAUAUCUAGCAGCAUGGGGUACGUUUGGCAGAUCACCCCAUUAGGGGGUAAAUAAUUUAUGACCAUUCAUCUGUUUUUAUGAAUUUUUUUAUCUAGACAAUAAUUGUAAAUAAAGAACUCACCGUCUCUGUUCAUUUAAUACUAUGCAAUGGGUAUGCUUUCAAUUGCCGACUCUUCUGACUCCUACAGUGUGGUUCUGAGAUGUGGUUUCAGGAAAAAAAGAAAAGAAAAAGAAACACCAAUCAAGCAGAACAUAGUAAAUAUAUACUGUGUAAAUUAUGCUGUUCUAAUUUGGACUACACACUCUGUUUCUGUCCUGUCCUGUAGACCCAGGCUCUAGGAGAAGGUAGGAGGGGUAGUUCUGAGAUCUAAGCUCCCCAACUCAAAAGAGAUGAGGGAAAGACAGAGACGUGUUCAGUGACUCCUGAUGCUACAGGUUGACCUACCUUUGGAGGAGGGAAGGGAGGGCUCUUCCUGCAAUAUGGGGCUUUCUCUAACUCAGGAGCAGCCCCCAAUGCUCCAGCAACCCUCACCAGGGCCCUGUGUCUCAACCCCAGCAUAGAACUGGCAAGAGCGGGGGCACCCUGCUUCUGAGAGCACAUUGCUCUUGAGCCAGGACUCUGAACCUUGUCACUCAAGAGCCCCUCUGCCCAACUGUGUUAAAAUGGUGCGUCUAUCCCUCCUGACGUCCUAUGUAGUCUUGGGCCUAUUUCUGCAAUUUCUCUUCUAUUCCCUCAUCUGGAUGUCUCCUCUGGCACCAGCCACACUGUUUUGCUUACUGUCACUUUGGAAUGUUUUAUUCUGUGGCAGGGUGAGUCUCCUUCACCCUACUUGAACAAAAUCUCCUAGUUAUUCUCUCAUCUAUUCUUCUGAGGUAAUGUUAAAAAUCUGCCAAGACCUCCAUCUUCUGCCCUCUUCCCAGCCCAGAUCCUGGGUCCUGUCACCCUAUGUGCCAUCCCUCUCCCCACAUUGUAAUUCCUGCUCCCCAGGGUCACUAAAUACAGUGUGUCCUGUCAGAAGGGACAAAAGUGGAAUCCUGAAUAUCGAAGGAAGCCUGAUGUCCCUCCUGUCAUUUCACCUGUUGCCCAGGCCUAGGAGUUGUGAGGAAGAAUCCACUGAGCCCCCACCCAGCCUUAGCUUAGGAACCAAAGUCACUUCAUGAUCAUGCAGAGGUGGACCCUCCAUCUUCCGCCAAUCAUCAGAAGAUAAAAAGGGGUUCUCCUAGACCCAGAGCKAUGAGGGUGAGCUCGGAGAGAAUGUGGGGCCCACGCUGUACUGUUCAUGGGAGAAACGUUUGUUCAUGUCUCCACUUCCUGAACUUGUUUUUGGUUAUUUUAUUUCAGGUGUUUUUGUUUUUUCAGAGAGUGGGGGGAUCCCCUCUUAUUUAAUUCAGAGCUUCAGCGCCUGUGAGAUACAGAAGUUUCUUGCCCGGAUGUUCUCUGUGCCCUUCCUCCCCUCACCCCAUUCCUGUUCUGCCUACCGGAGGCUGCCAACCUGGUGCAUCUGACGAGCCUCCCCCUCAAAUCUUUCCUGCAGCAACAUCUGAACCCCACUUGAGAGGAUCUGGCAGGGAAGGGCUGCUUCCUGAAGGCUUUAGGGUCUCCCAGAGCCAAGGCCAUACUGGGACAACAGGAAACCCCAGGACUUUUCCAGGUUCCAAAUCAAGCUCUCCUGAUUUAAAUGUAGAGAUCCCACCACCCAAAAGGCAGGAGACGGAGCAGGGGGGGAAAGAUCCCAGGCCCUGGGCAGCUGCCAUCACCACCCCCUCCAAAAAAACAAGAGAUUUGAGGCUUCUCGGGGCCACCCCUCAGCCCCUCAGUCUGUUUURUAAUGUCUGUGGUGCUCUCCCUCCCGAGCCGUUCCUCUCGGGGGUCGCCACACUUGCUAACUCUUGUGUGCACAUCUUUUAUAAYAGAGUAGUGAGGGACUGGUGCCGCCUCCAGCUUCCAUAAGCUGCCCGGGCUCUGGGGGGGGGGGGGGCUCUGGGACAAUCGGGGCUGGGAAGAGACUGUGCUCUUACUGUACACUCUUUAUUUCUCUGUAUCUCUGGCUUGUGCUCUUUGUAACUAAUGGGAUUUGUCUGCCUUUUCAACACUAUACUGAGCAAUAACAAUAAAUGCACACGUGGAAAUGCA